CAACUCCUCCUCCAGCUGCUAAUGUUGUAACAUGGAAUCCAUCACCGCCACCACCAAGUCCACCACCACCGGCAACUCCACCUCCAGCAGCUAAUGUUGUAACAUGGAAUCCUUAA